GACGGAUGCAAUAUUGACCACGCAUUGGCGCUGAUUGUUAAAUAAAAAACACAGAAGAACCGGAAUAAAUAGAGAUUGCAUACGUGCAUGCGUGAUCCUAAAAAAAGGAAAGAAAAUAUAUUCUAGUUUCCUUUCGUAUUCAUAUAAUUAUAUUACGCAUUUUCUAUCCAAGCAACAAUGUGCUGUUCCGGCGUAUGUGCUCUCGUAAAAUGGUUGUUUUAUUAUGGCUUGAUAAUAUCAUGUAUAGGUAUUCUUGUAUGCUGUGUGAUUAAAUAUGACAAGCUUCGCUACCUUGCCAUAAUUUUGUUGCUAUUGGUUAUCUUAUUCAUAAUGAAUAUCUGGCGUUGUUUCCCAUGUGAGCGUCGACUAAUUAAACACCGUGCGAGGAUAAUUUUGGUCAAAUCUUCGCCAUAUCUUGAUGAGAUCACUGUUUGAGUUCAGGAAAAAAGCCUGGAAAAAGGAGGACACCCCCAAUCUUCAGGGAGGCCAAGUCCAUCACUUUCUCGGUGGAAGUUAAGUUAAACAAUUUGCGUAAUUUGAAUUCAUCAUUUUUGUAUUCAUCCAUGUGCAUUAACAUUAAAGUAUUUCUUUAAUUUAGGUCAACUUUAUCAGUACGUAUUCCUUUUCAUUGAUUCAAUAUAUAAGAAACGGUAACAAUGGUUAGCAUUUCUUUUUGAUAGUCGUCCAUAUUACUAUUCUCUCAAGUUGUAAUAGCCAGGUGAAUUCAGGUAAAUGAGGACCUAGACCACACUGUAAGUUUUUUGUCGAUCGACUUUCUACUUUCCUCAUCGAAAACAUUUCUUCUUUCCUUUUCUUCCCGUUUCUUUUCCUGAAGUUAAUUCGGGGUCUUGCACGGCUUCCUCAUUUUCAACAGAUAUUUUUCCCUUCAUUCCACUUUCUAUUUUAGCCUUUAGCUUUGCAAUAAAUGUUACUUGCUUCUUUUAAUGUACAUUCUGUCUAACAUGUGUAUCCAUUUUCAUUUUAAUGCACUAUGCAUGUGUUACUACAUUUCGUGUGCCUGUAUAAUGAGAGAAAGAGUGCUUUUACAUCAUGCUGGAUUCUUCUUUUGUUCUUUACUAAACGUUGGAAUUUUCAGCUAUAUAUGUGGGUCCACUAAGGUAUUUCUUGGAUUAAAUAGCAAAACUGAAGACAAUUUCCUGCAGUUUUGUUGUUGGACACGUUGUACCAUUAGAAGUGUAAUAAUAUGGUGCUCAGUACUUAUAGACCACUAGGUCUUAAGCUCAAAUUUUCGCUAUUCUUAUUUUUUUCCCAUAUUGUCUUUCAAGCACAUUACCUACGCGUGGUCUUAGGUGAACCAACACGUAGAGUGAUUCCUGCUGAUACUUUGAACGUGCGAACCAGGGGUCUCGAAUUGCCUUGCGGCCAGAUGCAGAUGAGAUUGCAAGGCGCAGAACCGUAAGUUAGUACUAACGUGAAGAAUAGUGCGCACAAAACUAAUCGCGUUACGAACUCUACGCAGAGUGUUUAGGGAGCAGUGAAAAUAAAAUAUACAUUUAAUAAUUUUCCUUUCUUACUUUUCUUGAGCUACUUGUUUUGCUAGGGAGGUGUAUGCGGUCGGCGUUAAUGAGUGAUUGAUCUGAACCUUUUUUGAUGAGGCCUUCGCUUGCUUGUGGACGAUGUAUGCUUUGGAAGAAAGCAUUUACCUUUCUGGCUUU